AUGAAACCGAAAAACUCUCCUAGGUAAGGCAUGAUGACCCCCAGUUUCCAUUUUUUCCACCUCCUCCAACUCACUCAAUUUUGUUUUCCAGAGAAAUCUACAAUCCAUUCACAAACAGGUUCAGUUUGCCUUCACUGGAAGCCAAGAGAAAUCGACAUUUGCUGUGUAAACGGCUGAAAUUGCGACCCGACAACUUCCUGGACGAGUACUGUGCUGAUUUGGAAGUGAUCGAUAUAAUGGCUCCGAUUAGACCGGCCGAAGAGCGAGCUGAGUCGCCUCCUCCCGAUGAUCAGCUAGAAGGCGUCGACUACCUGGCACGCAGCAAGAAGUUGCGAGCUGGCGACUACAUGUUUUUCUCCGCGGACGCCCUCCCUCACAUUGCUCCAGAAGCCAAAAAAUCGGAAAAGUACACGUGGCUCGGCGAGCGUCUCCGUCUCACAUUCAAAAUGGUGCGCAGUGACUCUCGUCUCAUCCGAACCAUGUGCCACAGCCACGGACUGAUGCAGUGCUCCAACAAGAAUCCGUCGGUCAACUUCAUUUGGAUGGGAGCGCCCGUGAAGAGUGUGAAGAUGCGCGAGCUGAUGCCCUGGCAGCGACUCAACCAGUUCCCGAGCUCCACGGAACUCACGAGAAAAGACAGGCUGUACGAGAACAUUGAGAGAUCCAAGUCGAUUCACGGAGACGCUUUCGAUUUUGUAAGUUUAACUUAUUCGUUUAUUCAUCGCGAAAGACCGGUAAGAGAAGGGAACACCAGAAGGAAAUAUGACUGUAAGAUGAAUAGGAAAGGAAGGGAACCAACCCCGCAAGAGGAGGGCGCCUUUGGUAGCGGGUACAGAAUACAUAGUGUGCCUGUUAAGAACUUAUACAGAAGUAGUAGCUGAGAUUUGAGAGAAGUUCAGCAGAGUAGGACUGCAAUUGACAAGAAUUCAAUCUUUCAGAUUCCCGAAUUUUAUGUGACGCCGCGUGAGAACACGAAAAUGGAAGCCGCGUUCAAGCGAGUUACCCGAGAGAUCACUGCUUCCGGGGGCAAACUAUGUUUUCCCGGAGAGUUCAUUGUGAAGCCCACGAACUCUCGCCAAGGAAAGGGGAUCUUCUUUGCGAACAGCGUUAGUUCUGAAUCCACAUCUUCCCCUCACAUCCAUUUCCUUUCAGUUGGCCGACAUUCCAGCCGAAGGACCUCUUCUCGUCUCCCGGUACCUCAAGGAUCCGUGUCUCGUCAACAAUCACAAGUUCGAUCUGCGCAUCUACGUGGCGGUCACCUCAUUCUACCCACUCGUCGCCUACGUUUAUUCCGAAGGGCUCGCCCGUCUCGCCUCGAUGCCCUACGACUCGUCGUCCUCGUCCGACAGCAACGAAUUUGUGCAUCUCACUAACUACAGUAUUAACAAGAACUCGACGUCGUUCGUGCGCAACGAAAGCAUGUCUUCCGAGGACUUGGGUCACAAGUGGACGCUGGGCGCUCUGUUGAGAUACGUCGAAAACGAAGGAAAAGAUGCGAGACGUAAGAAUGAUCCUGUUUGAGUUCAAACCCAUGCCGUACCCGUUUUCAGUGCUCAUGCUGCGAAUCGAAGAUCUGAUUGUGAAGAGUCUUCUUUCCGUUCAGAACAAAGUGGCGACGACCAGCAGAACAAACCUCAAAUUCGCGGGAACCAACUUUGAACUGUUCGGAUUCGACGUCCUCGUCGAUCAGAGUCUGAAGCCAUGGCUUCUCGAAGUGAAUCUCUCGCCGAGUCUCGCCUGCGACGCCCCUCUCGACUCACUUCUGAAGACACGACUCAUCGCGGAUCUUCUGAACCUCGCCUGCAUUCCUCUUCUCGACAGAAAAAUCAUAGACAACAUAACUCCCGCUUUGAAAAAGUCUAUCAAUUCAACAGAAGAGCAAGAAUCUUCCGAAUCAGAUUUGGAGAUGGAUCCGAAGUGCGCAAAGACACUGAGACGCCGACCGGUCGGGCUGAAACGAAGUGUGCUGAGCCGAAGGAUUUCGAGCGGAUCAGCUUCUCUGAUUCCGAACAGCGAGAAGAAGUUCGAGCAGAUUGUGCGGAAAGUGCAGCUCGAAUCUGACAGACAAGGAGAUUUCAUCAGAGUGUUCCCGAGAAACGGCACUUGGGGAAUGUACAAUCCGAUAAUGGAAGAUCUCGGAAGAGAUGAUUUCGAUGAGCGUCUCUUCGAUGAGGUCGUCUUGAAGAAGAACACGGUAAGCCCUAUCCCUAUCGUGUAAAGUUAUAAUCUACUUGUGUUCAGAAGAACUCAUCAAGACAAGUUUCACCAUCCAGCAGUCAAUCGACCGUUUCCGAAGACCCGGAGGAUCUUUCCAACUUGUUCCACGUGGUCAUGAUCGAAUGCGACAAAUUUCCAACGAUUGCCGACAUACCUGCUCAAGUCAGAGAGAUCAUCUCUCCGUGGUACGACGAAGCGGCCGGUUACUCGAAGAAGAUUACGCAGGAGGGCGAAACCUACGCCAGCAAGUUGCCGUCGAUUCGAUCGAGUGCCCGUCUCCGAACGAAAAGCUGCGCGGAAUUCUACGAAGUUCGCAAAGCGCAGCUCGCCAAAAAGAAGGAGGAAUCUGCUGCAAAGUGAGUCAUUCGUGGCUGAGAUCCGAGUGAAACAGCCGCCUUUUCAGUGAAAACGAACCACAAACGGUCGACGCCAUACGUGUUUGA